AUGAUAUUAUUAUUAAAUCAAGAUCGAGGAUAUGUAUUGGGCUCAUGUGAUGAAGUAUUACCAGCAUUAGAUGAUCAUACAAUAGCAUUACAAGGCAUGGCUGCUUCUUCAUUGGACCAUUUUUAUCAACUGUACAACAAUGGGAAAAAAGUUAUCGAAUUAUGGCUAAAUGUACAACGAAAGUGGAUGUAUCUUGAAAGUAUUUUUGUUAGUGGUGAUAUUCGAUCACAAUUACCAGAAGAAGCGAAAAAAUUUGAUGAAAAAAACAAAUUAUUUAAAUCGAUUAUGUUAGAUACUUAUCGUGAUUCAUCAAUAAAAAAACAAUGUCGUCAACCGAGUCGUUUAGCUGAUUUAGAAUCAAUAUUUGUUGGUUUAGAACGAUGUCAAAAAACUGUACAAGAACAUAUUAUAAAAAUGUUUGAUAAUGUAGUCAGUUUAAGAUUAAUGAAACAAUCGGAUACAUUGAUACAAGCACAAGCAAUGAUAUCAGCUGAAAAAGAAGAGAUGACAUUUAAACAAACUGUAAAUACAGAGGAACGAGUAGAAGACUGGAUGACAAAAGUACUAGAAGAAAUGAGACGAACAAAUAAAUUAAUAACAAAAGAAGCUGUCUAUUAUUAUCGUCAUAGAAAAUCGAGAGUUCAAUGGAUGUAUGAUUAUAUUGGUAUGGUUGUCUUAGCUUCAAGUCAAAUAUGGUGGACAUGGAAAGUCGAAGAUAUAUUUCAAAAAGUAGCAAAAGGAAAUAAAAUGGGAAUGAAAAACUAUGUAAAACAAUUACAUCUUCAGUUAGAAGAAGUUGUUACUGAAAUUCGAUCUCCAUUAUCAAAUAAUGAUCGAAAAAUUCAAUACUGUUUUAAUUAUUGA